AUGGAAAGUAAUACAGUGCCUGAACUUGUUACAAGUCAAAAGACAGUAACUGACACAAAGAACAAUACUGCCAAUAGUGACAGCAAUACUAAUGAGAGCUACCACAGUAGUAAUAAUGAAUUCUCCACUGAACACAAUGGGGGAAGAAAAAAUAAAGAAAAAAAGAAAACUAGAAACAAAGAGAAGAAAAAGAAGAUUGUAGAGAAUAACAAUAACAACGACAACGACAAUAGCAACAAUAAUAAUAGUCAUAAAAAUAAUAAUAGCGACAUUAUAGUCACAGACACUAAAUCAUCAGAUUAUCUCAGUAAUAAUGACAGUUCUGUUACUAUGGAAACAAACGGUUCCAAAACAGUUACUACCAACGCUACAAGUAGUAAUAAUACAUGGGCGGCUAUUGACACAUUAGAUGAUGUACGACAACUGGCUAAAGCGACAACAGAUUCGGAUAAUUUCAAUAAGGAACAAGAAAAUGAAUUAAAUAAGAUGAGACAGAAUCAAAUUAAAUUACUAAAACUGAUGAUUGAGAGGAACUCAAAACUACAGAAGCUGGAAAAACCCUUGGAGGAGAGCAAAAAUAACGAUACUGGUACGGAUAACAUCAUUACCUUUGGAUUUGAUACAAAUAAUAACAACAAUAAUGAUAGUAGCAAAAAUGCAGAACAAUGUGAUAAAGAUACUUGCCACAACAAACAUUCGAAAGAGGGCUUAGCAAAACCUAUAAAAGAAUCUACUAUCAAACAAGAAAAAGAUGUUAUAACAGAAAAUGAAGGGGAAGGUCUUUCGAUAUCACCUUCUAAGAUAUCUAAUCAAAAGUCAAUUUAUGUUAGUGACUAUUUUGAGACUCUGGAUGAUGUUCAAAUGAUCACUAGAAAAGAAAGCGAAUACAUUGAACAGAUGGAAAAAAUUAUUGAUGAUAGUAGAAUCGAGAAAUUACAUCACAGCAAAAAAAACAAUUGCAGUCUAUAA